CUUCUGCGGUCACAUGGGUUAUGUGCUGGAGUUUAAAAGAGCUUAUAGCCCCCGAGCCGGUGCAGAAGCAGCCGGUGGUUGCAUGGGGUAGUGCCGAGAGCGGCGGCAAGGAGGGCGCCGAAGCCAUCUCAGCACCUUUCCCCCUGUGAAGACCAGGGAGUGCAAAAGCAUCCUUCUGCGGGGACCUUCCCACCGCUCCCGGCAGCUUUAGCCUUCGCUCUCCACUGCUUUCCUGCAAGCGUGAAGCCUCCAUCCUCUCCGGUUAUCGUGGCGGCCCUGCUGCUUUCCUGAGUAAAAUCCCAGAUCUGAGCAGCGAGGGUUGGUCAAGCAGUCAGAAGAAUCCUCUGGACGUUUAUGAGAAUUUGGGGACGCUCCAAGGACUCUGGACUGGUGGAGAGCAUCUCAUUGUUGGCCCUGCAUUUGCUGGAAGGGGAUUUCGCUCACAGUUUUGCUGUCCCAGGUUGGAUUGGCUCUUCCCUGUGUUAAGAUGGCUAAUCCUGUCCCGUCAGCCUGCUGCAUGGUGCUCGCCGCGGUGGUGGUGGUGUACGCCCAGAGGCACAGCCAGCCAGACAGCCACACCCAAUUCGAGCGGGUAGGUGCAGAUGUGACCAUGAAGUGUGGCUCCAUGGACUGGGAUGCCGCUGUGACCUGGACAGUAAACGGCACCGACAUCGACGAGUCCCACCUGAACGGGUCCUACCUGAUCCUGAAGAACGUUGACCUGUCGCAGAGCGGCCAGUACUCCUGCUACGAGGGCUCCGCCUGGCACCUCAAAUACCAGACCACCCUGAAAGUGGGAACCCCGCCUAGGGAGCCAGUGCUGAUGUGCCGAUCCAACAACUACCCGAAGGGUUUCUACUGCAGCUGGCACCUGCCUACGCCCACCUACAUCCCCAACACAUUCAACAUCUCCGUCAUACACGGCACAAAAGAGAUGGUCUGUGAGAAGGAUGCAGUUCCCAAAAACAGGUGUCACAUCAGAUACCUCCAGCUGUUCUCAACGGUGAAGUACAAGGUGACUCUGACAGUCACGAAUGCUCUGGGCAAAAACUACACCACUGUCACCUUUGACGAGUUCGCCAUAGUAAAGCCAGACCCUCCGGAGAGUGUGGUGGCCAAACCCGUGCCCAAUAACCCUCGGAGACUGGAGGUGUCAUGGCAAAACCCCUCAUCCUGGCCUGACCCUGAGUCUUUCCCGCUCAAGUUCUUCCUGCGAUAUCGGCCUCUCAUCCUGGACCAGUGGCAACACGUUGAGCUGUCGGAUGGGACGUCACACACCAUCACGGAUGCCUACGCUGGCAAGGAAUACAUCAUCCAGGUGGCAGCCAAAGACAAUGACAUUGGCACGUGGAGUGACUGGAGCGUGGCUGUUCAUGCCACCCCCUGGACAGAGGAGCCCAAACAUCUCACCACAGAGGCCCAGAUCACAGAGACAACAAGCGCUAGCACCUCCUCUUUCAUGGCGCCUCCCACCACCAAGAUCUGCGACAAGGGGGCCGUGGUGGGCAGCGGGGCCGUGGCAGUGUGUUGGACAGCUGGACUGGUCGUGGCUGCCUAUAGUGUCCUCUUUAUUUAAUCUCCAUCUGUCCAUCCAUCGCAGCCCAGUGCAGACGCCUCCCCAUCGUCCACCACCGCCACCGCCCCCCGCCCUGCUGCCCCACUCCCGGGUUGAGUCUCUUAUCUCUUCGAUUUUGCACACAUUGAGGACGUAUCACGCUUCUCGCCAUCGCUUCGGAGGAGGACAGAGCCGCUGCCGUCCCCUGGGGAGCCGCAAAAUCCUCUCCCAGCCCGGAGCAAGGAGACCUUGCAAGGAGACAUCCCCGUCCCCCUUUGCCCAGCAAAGUGAAGCGAGCCUGGGCCCCGUGCCGCAGCUGAGGGCCCCACUCAUACAGCUAACCCCCCCACGCCAAAGACGUGCCUGCUGCCCCCCGCAGCGGUGCACCGAGAAAAGGGGAUAUGAAACAGGGGGGGUGGUGAGGGGAACGAUGCUCCAAGCUGUGUACCCCCUUAUGGCAAAAGGGGGUCCCCCAAGGACCGGACUUGCUCCCCUGAGCUCUCGACCUUGUGGCGAAGCUGGAGUGGUGCACAGGUCAGGGGGUCUUGGUCCCCUCCGAGGGGAUGAUGGAUGGGACAACUGGUGGCUUUCACAAGUGUGAUGGGGAGCAGGGAGCUGGCAGGGUUUUAGUGGAAAAAAAGGAAAUGAAACACCAAUAAAACCCUCCUGCCCCUUGCUGAGCACCUGGAGAGCUGUCCCUCCACCUCCUUCUCCGCAGCACCCUGCAGGAGCCUUUGCCACCCCCAACCCCACCCCAACAUCACCCCCAAACUUUUAACCAUAUUGGAUACAGGGAAUCACCCCCAUUGAUGUCUUUGUCUCAUUCUCCAACAAAAGCAGAAUAGCUCUGCUGUUGCCUUUAGAGCUGGAGCCCUGCAGACCUGUCCCCUGCUGUCCCCCGCUGUCCCCAGAUGUCCCUGUGCCUGCUCUGCUCUCCUCCCCAUCCUGCCCGAAGUCCUGUUUUGUAAAGACACCUCCUCUUGCCCCUGCCUGGACCCAAGCGCAGUAUUUAAUACCAUACGUCCUAGUAUUCCCACUGUUGACAUGCUGUAUUUGAAUUUUUUAUAGAUGUAUAUAUAUAAAAAAAAAAAAAGAAUCAAAAAAAAAGUAAUAGAGGGGAUAAAACUAAGCUCACACAGAGACAACGCACACAUGCACACACACACACAGACACACACACACACACACGCACCAGGAGAGACUGUCUUCAUUAAAUGUUCAUUUCAUGAUGA